AUGGAUGUUGAUGGUGGAGGACAGGAUGAUGUUGUCUCUGAUGGUCCAGGUCAACAACUUCAGAACCAUAACCAAGCUAAUGGUAUUAGACCUGGUUCUCCAUCUUCCUCUGGUGGUAGCAAUAGUAGUGGUGGAUCUAUUAUUGCAGAGAAUUGGUGUAAUACACAAGUUAAAGUAAUAAAGUUCAACUAUAUGUGGACUAUAGAUAAUUUCUCUUUCUGUCGUGAGGAGAUGGGUGAGGUAUUAAAAAGUUCCUCUUUUAGUGCUGGAACAAAUGAUAAAUUAGAAUGGUGUUUGAGGAUAAAUCCAAAAGGACUAGAUGAGGAGUCCAAAGAUUAUUUAUCUCUUUAUCUAUUAUUAGUACAAUGUAGCAAAUCAGAAGUUAGAGCAAAAUUUAAAUUUUCUAUUUUAAAUGAAAAAAGAGAAGAAACUAAGGCAAUGGAAUCUCAAAGAGCUUAUAGGUUUGUUAAAGGAAAAGAUUGGGGUUUCAAAAAAUUUAUUAGAAGAGAUUUUUUAUUGGAAGAGUCUAAUGGUUUGUUACCAGAUGAUAAAUUAACUAUUUUUUGUGAAAUUUCUGUUGUCUGUGAAACUGUUAAUAUUAAUGGUUUCUCAACAACAGCUAAAGUAAAAAUUCCUUCACCAAAAUUGACUGAAGAUAUUAGUAAUAUGUUAGAGUCUUCACAAUUUUCGGAUUGCUUUAUUAGAGUAGAUGAUGUUAAUAUUAGUGCUCAUAAAGUUAUCCUUGCCAGUAGGUCUCCAGUCUUUCAGGCAAUGUUUAAUCAUAAAGUACGCGAAUCUCAAUCAAAUAUUGUAGAAAUUAAAGAUUUUCAUAUUGAUGUAGUUAGAGAAAUGUUAAAAUAUAUUUAUACGGAUAUUUCACCAAAUCUAGAAAAAAUGGCUGGUGAAAUUUUAGCUAUAGCAGAAAAAUACAAUUUAGAUCGUUUAAAAGUUAUGGCAGAACAGUCAUUGUGUAAUAGUUUGUCAGUUGAAAAUGUUUGUGAAUAUUUUGUUAUUGGUGAAAUGUAUUCAGCUGAAGCAUUAAAAACAAAUUGUCUUGAAUUUAUUAAUAUGAAUGCUAUGGAUGUAAUGAAUAAUGAGAAUUGGAUUGAUUUUGUUGUUAAUCACCCUUUAUUAUUAGAAAGAUUAUAUAGAAAUUUAGUUCAACUUCAUAGGCCACCCAUAAUUAAUGGUUCUGGUAGUAGAAAAAGGCCAAAAAUUUCUUAUUCACCAUGA